UUUUUUUUCUGUUUCUCUGUUUCUCUCUCUCUGUCUUUCUUUCGACCUUUAUUUAUAUAUAUAUAUAUAUAUAUACACAUACAAAAAAAAAAGAGCAUGAGUAGUGAAGUAGAGACAACGAGAGGACGCGUCGAUGCGCUUAAACUUUCCACCACCACUCGAGCAGGUGGUGCCUAUAUUCCACCUCAUCGGUUACGUCAAAUGCAACAAAACAUCACAGACUCCAGUACAGAAGAAUAUCAACGUAUCACUUGGGAAGCACUCAAAAAGUCUAUCAACGGUCUCAUCAACAAAGUGAAUACGUCCAACAUCAAGAUGAUUAUACCUGAACUGUUUGGUGAAAAUCUCGUACGUGGUCGAGGUUUGUUUUGCCGCAGUAUGAUGAAGGCACAACAAGCAAGUUUGCCUUUCACGCCUGUGUAUGCAGCAGUAACUGCUGUCGUAAACACAAAGUUACCUGCUGUAGGUGCAUUGCUAUUGUCUCGACUUGUGCUUCAGUUCAGAAGAGCCUAUCGACGUAAUGACAAGACAAUGUGUUUAUCUACCACCAUGUUUAUUGCUCAUUUGACCAAUCAGUUGAUUGCAGACAAGGUACUUGCCCUUCAAAUUCUGGCCUUGUUGUUGGAACGACCUACCGAUGAUUCAGUCGAAAUUGCUGUAGGCUUCAUGCGUGAAGUAGGCGCACUUUUAUCUCAAAUUUGCCCUAAAGCCAACAAUGCCAUCUAUGAACGAUUCAGAGCUGUCUUGCAUGAAGGCGAAAUUGACAAGCGUGUUCAAUACAUGAUUGAAGUCUUGUUUCAAGUCAGAAAAGACAAAUAUAAAGACAAUCAACCUGUCAUUCAAGAACUUGAUUUGGUAGAAGAAGAAGAUCAGAUUACACAUAACAUCAGUUUGGAUGAUGAUGAUUUGGAUGCUGAAGAAAUGGCUAAUAUCUUUAAAUAUGAUCCCAACUAUGAUGAAAAUGAACAGAAAUACAAUGCUAUUAAAGCAGAAAUCUUGGGUGAAGGCUCUGACGAAGAAAGUGAAAGCGGCGAUGAAAGUGGCAGUGAAGAGGAAAGUGAAGAGGAAGGCGAAGACGAAGAAGAACAGAGACUUGAAUUGCUAGACAAGACAAAUGCUGAUGUGAUUGAAUUGCGUCGAAAGAUCUACUUGACUGUGAUGUCCAGUGUCAAUUUUGAAGAAGCUUGUCAUAAAUUAAUGCGAAUCAAUAUCCCUGAAGGACAUGAAAUUGAACUCUGUAAUAUGAUUAUCGAAUGUUGUUCUCAAGAACGUACUUACCUUAAAUACUAUGGUUUAAUGGCUGAACGCUUCUGUAAAUCAGACCGUAUGUGGGUAGAUAAUUUCACUGGUUGCUUUAGAGAAGUCUUUGAGACUAUCCAUCGUUAUGAAACAAACCGUCUUCGUAAUAUUGCCAAAUUGUUUGCCCAUCUCUUCAAUACAGACUCACUUCCUUGGACUACUUUUGAAAUCAUCAUCUUGACUGAAGAGAACACAACAUCUGCUUCCCGUAUCUUUAUCAAGAUCUUGUUUCAAGAAAUCAAUGAAUUCUUGGGUCUCAAGACACUCAAGGAACGCUUGGCUGAUCCUUACAUGUCUGAAAGCCUAGCUGUAUUGGUCUUGGUGCUGUUACUGAAGAUUUGCGUGAAUGGUUAAGAACGGCUCCUCAACAGUCGAUAAGACGGGAUGAUAGUAGCAGUGAUUCAUCUGAUAGUAGUUCUUCAGAUAGUGAUAGUUCAUCAGUAAGCAGCCAUAGUAGUAGAAGUAGUAGUAGAAGCAGCAGUAGCAGCAGCACGAGUC